UUUAAAGAAGUGAGUGGAGAGAAUGCAGUAAAGAGGCACACCCAGAGAAACAAGAAGAUGUUGGUUACGGCCCGUCUUCGCAUGCUGUUAGACGACGGAUACUACCUUGAGCUGUCUCCCUUCGCUGGAAUGGGCCUGCCCUAUGGAGACAUCCCCUCAGCAGGCUGUGUAACAGGCAUAGGUCAAAUCAACGGGCUGUGGUGUGUGUUUAUUGCUAAUGAUGUCACUGUGAGUGGUGGUACAGCCUACCCCAUCACUGUCAAGAAGCAGCUCAGAGCCCAGGAUGUGGCCAUCCAGAACCGGCUGCCCUGUGUAUACCUGGUGGAUAGUGGAGGUGAUUCCCUCUUCAGGCAUCAGGUUGGCAAUGUGGCGAGCAAUGGGGAGGUAACGUACAACGCAACAUUGAAAGGCAGCCACUCUGUCCAGCUGUGUGACCAGCGAGACAUUCCCCUGAUAUUUCUACAGAACACCGUCCCAAAGCCAGAGCUGACCCUUUCCCUAACCCAGGCAGAGACCAACAGACUAACGGCUCAGGGUUCAAUGAUGUGCUGUGUCUCUGUUCCAAAAAUCACAGUCGUCAUUGGGGGAUACCAUGGCCCUGACAGUUAUGCUAUGUGUGGCAGGUCCUUUGACCCAAAAUUCCUAUUCCCAUGGCCUAAUGCCAGAGUAUCCCUGUUAACCCCUGGUCAAUCUGCAGCUCUGGCACAAGAGGAGGAGGACAUUGAGAAGAUCAAUAAGAGGUUGGAGAAGGAGAGUUCUGCGUUCUUCUCGUCUGGCAGACUCUGGGAUGAUGGAGUGAUUCUUCCCCAGGACACGUGGAAGGUUUUGAGUGAUAGUCUGAAAAUCAAACAACAGGAAUACCAGCUCUCCAAAAACAAACUAAGGACUCCAUUACUCUGAAUGUGAAACUGCCUCACUGGUUUUUAUUUUAAACAAUUGCCUUUAUCAGAAAAAGUAUCAUGUUAAAUCUUUUUGACAAAACACCUUUUAUAGGAGGAACUAAUUACCAUAACUGAUGUACUGAUCAGAGGAGAAAAAAUUAACAUUUGAGAUUUGUAAUGUAAUAACACUAUCAAUGCAAAUUUGUUUAUUUGUAUAAAAGUAGCAGAACACAUUUGUAAAUACAACUUGAAACAUGUACCAUAGAAAUCUCAAAUAAGUUGUGUGUCUUAAUUCUUACUAUGCUGUGCAUACAUUACAUGGUUCCAUUAUAGCUAAUGAGCACUAGGCCUCUAGGUCAGAGAGUGCAACACAGUUCAGGGUCACGGUUAAGACAUUCAUUACUAUGUGGACUUUGAAACUAAGCAAAUGAACAGGCUACAUGAUCACACAGUACAUACAUAUUCCAUAGGCAACACCAGCGAUGCCUCAACAAAUAGAUACUCAAAUGAUAUACAGUGUAUUGUUGAAAGUAUUCAGACCCCUUGACUUUUUCCACAUUUUGUUAUGAUACAGCCUUAUUCUACAAUUUUUAAAUUGUUUCCCCCCCAAUCAAUCUACACACAAUACCCCAUAAUGACAAAGCAAAAACAGAUGUAUACAUUUUUGCACAAAUAAACUGAAAAAUCAGUUUUACAUAAGUAUUCAGACCCUUUACUCAGUAUUUUGUUGAAGCACCUUUGGCAGCGAUUACAGCCUCGAGUCUU